UGUCCUGAUGAAAACACACACCUGUCUAUUUUCAGACAAUUAGUCAUUGUGAAUUCCAACAUUUAUUUCAGGAGAAUGUCUCUUUAGAUUAGUUUUAUUAAAAAACUAUUUCCUGUGAGUUGAGAAAGGAAAUAAGAAAGGAUGUUGUUUUUAUUACUGGUUAGCGCGGUAUCCGCUCAAUUCUCUUAUAGAGCUGAUAGAGGCUCAGGACUUCUUAUUCAGAACCCGUGUGUGAGUAAAGAAACCUGUUCUAAAUGUUUACAAACUCCAACGUGUGCCUGGUGUAUGCAGCCUGUAUACAACUCAACAGAUGGAUCUCCUCUUCCCAGAUGUAACCAGGAGGAGUUUUUCAUUGGUUCAAACACUCGUUGUGAGUCCAGGUUCAUUGUGAACCCCGAGAAUGUGUACAGCAUUCUUCAAAACGAAGAGUACAGGAAGUCCAGCUCAAGGCUAGAAGCUGUACAGGUCCGACCUCAGAACGUUCAUCUUUCCCUUCGAGUGAAUGAAGCAUAUGAUUUAGAUUUCUACUAUAAACAGGCUGAGGACUACCCCGUGGACCUGUACUACCUGAUGGACCUCUCCAAGUCUAUGGAGGACGACAAGGAGAAGUUGUCUGCCCUGGGGGACCUCCUCGCAGAGACCAUGCAGAACAUCACAUCAAACUUUAGGCUUGGAUUUGGAAGUUUCGUAGAUAAAGUUGUUAUGCCUUAUGUGUCUACUGUGCCGAGAAAAUUACAGGAGCCGUGUGAUGGAUGUGCUGCUCCAUACGGAUUUAAACAUCAUAUGCGUCUAUCCACCGAUACUUCCUCAUUUGCCAUGGAGGUGAAGUCCGCCCAGGUUUCUGGUAACCUUGACGCCCCUGAGGGAGGUUUUGACGCUAUAAUGCAGGCAAUAGCUUGCAAGGACAUUAUUGGCUGGAGGGAUAAAGCUAGAAGACUUCUUGUGUUCUCAACAGAUGCUGGAUUCCAUUACGCAGGAGAUGGUAAGCUUGGAGGUAUAGUUACCCCUAAUGAUGGUGCCUGUCAUAUGGAUUCUAAGGGAUUGUACACUCAUUCCGAGAUCCAAGAUUACCCCUCCGUUUCACAGAUCAACCACAAGGUUAAAGAGAAUUCAGUUAAUCUAAUCUUUGCUGUAACUGAAGAGCAGCUUCAUGUUUACAAUGCACUCUCAGGUGUGGUACAAGGUAGCAGCUAUGGAAAGCUAUCAGCUGACUCUUAUUUAGGACUGAAGGUCGGAACGCAAAUCAUGUUUACUGCUAAGAUCGAAGUUGUCAAGUGCCCUAAGGAUCCUCGUGAGUGGACCCAGACCUUCCAGAUCUACCCGGUCGGUAUCAACGAGUCCGUCGUCGUCAACCUUGAGAUGAUUUGCCAGGUAGGUAAAAAGUGUGGUAUCUGUGAAUGUCCUGAUGGUUAUUAUGGACAAUCUUGUGAGUGCAGUGCUAAAGAUCUACAAUUUGCAGGUGAUCUUGAGGCUGGGUGUCGACCUGAUAACACCACUUCAACAGUCUGCAAUAACCGAGGGGAUUGUAUCUGUGGAAAAUGUGAAUGUAGGGAAAGGGAGAACCCAGAGGAGCGAGUAGAUGGAAAGUUCUGUGAGUGUGAUAACUUCUCUUGUGACAGAUUUAACGGUGAACUCUGUUCAGGUCCCGAUCAUGGGGAAUGCCAGUGUGGAAAAUGCAAGUGUAACUCUGAAUGGGAUGUUCCCGGCUAUACAGCAUGUGAAUGCAGAGCUAGCAAUGAAACUUGCAUCACCCCAUAUGGAGAGCAUAUUGGAAAACUUUGCUCCGGUCACGGUACAUGUGAGUGCGGUCAGUGCAAAUGUGACGAGGAUGCAAACGGUCAAUACUCUGGAAGGCACUGUGAAGACUGUCCGACAUGUCCAGGAAAAUGUCAGGAACUGAAAGGAUGUGUUCAAUGCAAACAGUUUCAAUCUGGUGAACUUCAUGAUAAAAAGGAUGAAUUUGGAGUCCUGUUAUGUGACAAGUGUCCCUUCACUCCUAUUGUUGUUGAGAAAGCCGAGGACAUGAUUAUAGAUAAAGAGAUUAGUUGUACACUUCUAGAUGACGAUGACUGCCGAUUCACAUUUGUGUACGGGUACAGGAACGAUACUGGAGAACUUCAAGUCUGGGUUCAGGAAACAAAAGAAUGUCCUGUGGUUGUUGACAUUAUGGGAAUUGUCCUAGGAGUCAUUGGAGCAAUCGUAGCUAUUGGUAUGGCGUUAAUACUGAUGUGGAAGGUGUUUACAACUAUACACGACCGAAGAGAAUUUGCAAGGUAAACACCAAGGAGUAUGAAAUAGAAAA